AUGUCUUUCCAAGAUUUUCGCGGCUUUGAUCAAAUCGAGCAGCAGCUGAAGGACGAAAGGCUGAUUGCUGUCCCGCGACCUGCACCAACCACCAUAAACUUCAACAACGGUUCCGGAACCGAAUAUAAUAAUACACUGAUUAAAACUGAGCCACUCACGCCUCAGGAGAAAAUCUACAAUAUAUUCAAAACGACCCAGCACGGUGCCAUCGCAUAUAAUACCCAUCCUGCCGUCCAAUUAGUUGUUGAGUGGAUGAAGCGGAACCUCACGGAGCCUCGAUGGCUAGAUGCCAACCUCAACACCGUCAUAUUCAGCAACAUGGCCAAUACACCUACCGCGUUCACCGUGGGUGGCAUUGACCAAGACCGGCUAAAAGGUGGUGGAGUAGCCCUCCUCAUCAAAUCAAUCUACAAUAGCUGUCGACAGUACGAUGAUAACAUUCAACUUGAAAGGUGCAAUAACACCAUUGCGGACCUAAAUGCCUACAUCUGGAAUAACAAAGUUAGCUUCUUGAUCACCUGGUACCGACACAACUACGGAAUGUGGCCCGCCGACAACACACUUUAUGUGAACGCGUACAAGGCCGCGCUCUGUUCGAAAGCAUACAAAUCGCUGAAACAAAUGCAAGCCGGUACCGGUACCUGGUUGGAUGCAAAUCUCGAAAUGUUUCACCAUUUUGUCAAGCUAGCUGCCUGUGGAGCGACUGAUGACCAGAUCAAUGCUGUAUAUCAUGAGCUGACCACGUCAAUUCCGGUUUUAGAUGGAAGCACGUUUGGAGAGAUUUAUACUAAUCACUGGAGGACCUAUGAAGGCUGGGUGAGUGAGGGUUAUCUUGAUUUUGGGGAUAUAGGCGCUACGAAUCUGGACAAAUGGCACACGUACCCAAACAUAUCCAGAAGGCAACCUGAGCAUUCAUAUCUCGCAGAGAACGUCAUACUGCACUACAGUUAUUGGAAAUCUGUACCUUCAUCCUCUUGCUUCUCUGCCUCAACUCAAGUGCUAAUGGCGUCGGGAGAAACCAAGGCCAUUAGCGACAUCAAACCUGGCGAUCGUAUUCUUUCUCGCCGGUUGGGGGCUGGGAGAGCGGGAAGAGACCGUACCGUGGCAUUUGUAAGCAAACCGGAGCGUGCCGGAAGACCACUUUAUGAACUUCAAUCUUUCCCAGGUAUCCAAUUUACUGAAACUCAUCCCCUGCUUGCGGCUACCACCAGCGAAAGGACUUUUGAUUCAUUGCCAAAGCUACUAUUUGUCAGCCCAAAUUUAGCAGCCUCCUUAAACCCAACCUGGCAGUCAUUUGAGACUACUGCUAUCGACUCCAGGGUAUUGAUCGCGCACGAUGCGUCGAAAGGCCAAGAUCAAGAACUUCUUUAUGAUCUCAUAUUCGAGCCAUUAGGACCAGAAGCCGAGUCGGAUUCGUUUGGAACGGCUCCUAUCUAUACUUUAAAGGCUUCAAAUGGACAGCGACUGGAUGUUCUCUCCGAGGCACCCUUGAUCGAAUGGUUCACUCUUGAAAUGAUAUUCGUGGGUAAUGUCGUUAAGGCAGUUCUUGGAAGUGACUCGAGUGUUGAAAAGUUGAUUGGCGAUAUCAACCAAAAUAGAGGCUCUUUGCAAAAUCUUCUGCGACGACUCUCCGGCACUGAUAUUUCGCGCAAUUCCGUCAAUGCAAUCACAGAUGUGACUCUUCAGUCACUGCUGCUUCUCAACGGCGACGAGAAUAAUAGCCAAGAUAUAUCAGACUUUAUCGAGAGGCUUAUUAUGCGCCUCGGAAGAACAAUCGGAAACCAAAUCUCUAUGGGGUGGCUCAAUCCGCCCCAGCUACCAGUAUCCGAGGCACAUCUUGUCGAUGUCGUUUUUUUGCAGGUCCUUCGUCGACUGAGCGACUUUGGGGGUGACAAAGGCCUUAUGGCAAAUGACUGGACGGCAAGCAUUGACAUAGAGAAUUGUCAAAUGCCACGAUUGCGACUCCAAGGCCAUCGUCAAGGCCAUAACACAAUAGUAUUACAUGAAGGCAUUCUCCUGCCACUGCUUCAACACGACCAGGCAGCGCAGCAUAAAGAUGCAAACUAUUCUAUCCACAUUGAACUUAAAGACUACACAGGUGAGAAUACUUUGGUGGGCGGUGGAGUCCUCCGCUAUAAUUCGCAGAUUCUGUUUAGCAUGGGUGACCUUGCAGCUGAAGGGUCGGGCAACCAUGCAGUGCUGGAGGUUGAGCUACGUAAGGUGCAUCGUGAAAGCUUUGAGAAGAGGAAUAAUUGGGGUUUAAAGGACCAAAUGAAUUAUGCAGCAACUUUGGGCUAUGCUUUUGGACUUGAGCUUGAGCAGCUUCUAUAG